AUGUCCAUUCAAAGACCAACUGUUUCCGUCUUCAACGCCAAGACUGCUGAAGUCGUUAAGGAAGUCGCUUUGCCAGAUGUCUUCCAAGCUCCAAUCAGACCUGAUAUUGUUUCCAACAUGGUCAACUUUUUGAGAAUGAAUCUCAGACAACCAUACGGAGUUCACAAGUAUGCUGGUCAUCAACACUCUGCCAUCUCAUGGGGUACUGGUCGUGCUGUUUCUCGUAUUCCUAGAGUUAGUGGUGGUGGUACUCACAGAGCCGGACAAGGUGCCUUCGGUAACAUGUGUAGAAAGGGUAGAAUGUUCUCCCCAACCAGAACAUGGAGAAGAUGGAUGCACGUUGUUAAGAAGAAUGAGAGAAGAUAUGCCACUGCCUCAGCUAUUGCUGCUUCUUCCAUUACUCCUCUCGUCCAAGCUAGAGGUCACAAGGUUGAACAAGUCAAACAACUCCCAUUGGUUGUUACUGAUGAUUUGCAAUUCAUUGCCAAGACCAAGGAGGCUGUUGCUUUCUUGAAGAAGCACGGUUUGUUGUCCGACGCAAAGAAGGCUAAGGACUCCAAGACCUUGAGAAAGGGAAGAGGUAAGAUGAGAAAUAGAAGAUACACCUUGAAGAAGGGUCCUUUGGUUGUUUACAACGCCAAGGCUGGUACUCAAACUCCACCAAUUGUUCUCGCUCUCAGAAACUUGCCAGGUGUUGAUGUUUUGAAUGUCAACCAAUUGAACUUGUUGAAGUUGGCUCCUGGUGGUCACCCAGGUAGAUUGAUUGUCUGGACUGAGUCUGCUUUCAACGCUUUGAACGAAAAGUUCGGAUCAUACAACAAUGAGAAGGGUGCUUCCACUUUGCACUUUAGAUCUGGUGCCACUUAUCACUUGCCAAGACCCGUUGCUGUCAACACUGACUCCGCAAGAAUUAUUGAAUCUGAUGCUGUUCAAGCUGCUUUGAAGCCAAAGAAGGUCGUUCAAAGAUUCGCCAUCAAGAAGCAAAACAGAAGCAAUCCAUUGAGAAACUUCAAGGCUUUGGUCCGCCUUAACCCAUACGCUUUGAAGGCCAGAAGAUUACAAUUGUUGAGAGAGAGACGUGCUAAGGUUGGUGCUGGAAAGGCUGCUCAAAAGAAGUAA